AUGAGAAGACCUCACAAUGGUGAUGGGUUUGGAAUUGGAUACUACACCGAGCAAAAGCUUGGUUCAGAACCUUGUAUCUUUACGUCCACUACACCUGCUUGGAACUGCGUCAACCUUCAGCGGAUUGCCUCCAAAACCGCCUCUCACCUCAUUUUCGCUCACGUGCGGGCCACGACGGAGGGAUCCUUGAGCGAUGACAAUUGCCAUCCCUUCUGCCAUGGCAGCUUGAUGUGGAUGCACAAUGGAGGGUUGGGGGGUUGGAAGCACAUCAAGAGGCGUUUGGGUGAGAGACUGGCAGAUAAGUGGUACCUGGGCGUACAGGGCGGUACAGAUAGCGAAUGGGCGUUUGCCUUGUUUCUUGACACUCUCGAGAGAAUGGGCCACAACCCAAGCUCUCCGCCAAAGACAGGUUUCGGACCAGGUGUUCUGCGGCAAGCUAUUCUGAAAGUCAUCAAGCAGAUCAACGAUUUCAUCGCCGAGAUCCCCAAGAGCGUAGUGGAGAGCGAGGGUGUGGAUACCAGGAGCCUGCUAAACUUUGCUAUCACGGACGGGCAUAGUGUUGUCUGCACUCGGUAUGUUAGUAGUUGCACAGAUGAGGCUGCUAGUCUGUACUACUCAUCGGGAACCACGUGGGAGGACAAGAAAAGCUGGGUCACAGUGCCUACCAACUCAACACUCACGAUCCAUAAACAGACCGUCAUGGUACAUCCCAUCAUCGAUGAGUACUACAACUCCAACCCAUCUCACUCACGAUCAUCUCAACUUGUCCACGACAGAGGCCUUGUCACCAACGAGAAGACUGCUGGCAACGGCACAAGUCCCGCAGUGAUCCCUGGCUCGGAUUGCAAACCCUCGAAGAUAUCGGCGAGCUUACACGACAACUUGGUCAGCACUCUGGCGCCACCUACUUAUACAUCUGCAUCCCCCGCGGUAUCUCCCGGCACGGAAGAUAUCUCACCUCGAAACCCGACCUGCUUUUCCGAUGUCCAAGAUUGCAAGUCGAUCUCUGCGGUCGAAGGUCCGCAAAUCGUACAAUCUGAACAAAUGGCGACUCCAGAGCGAGACUUUGGAGACUCGUUAAAUAUUGCUCGGUACCUUCCUAAGUUGAAUGAGAUAUCUUGA